AUGCAGAUCCGAGCCAAGAGCCCGGACAAUGACAAAGCGCAAUCACAUGAGCUUAACCACAGUAGUCAUACAACUAGCCCAGUGGUUGUGGUGGCUACUCAUAACCCCAGCAAUAUUAAUCCUUCCGAGCGCAAAACUGAUUCAUUCUUUGAUCCUGGGGAUGGAGAUAUAAAACUUUAUGUGCAUGGAACACAAUUUGAGACACAUCGGUAUCUUGUCAAGCGCUUUCGGGGCCUAGAGUCGCUUCUGGAUGAGCAACCUGCAGAAAUCAGGUUGGAUCGAGAUAAUGUAUCCCCCAACGACUUCCGCGAAACCUUUAAGGUGCUCUACGCAACUAUUUUCACCGGACCAUUUGUCUUCGCCACACAAACUUUGAUCUCCACACUCCGAGUCGCCUCGACAUAUGAUUAUCACGAGCUCCGAGAUUACUGUGUCCAUUAUCUGGAGACACUACCGUUAGAUGCCGUUAAACGGAUCGAGCUUGCUAGGGAAUUUGACCUUCCUGGGUGGGAAGAGCCAGCAUACCGUGAACUGGAGAUGAGAGAUGAAGCUAUCACACGAGAGGAGGCCAAGGCAAUUGGUCUGGAUGCCUUUGUGCGUAUUGCUGAGUCGCGUGAGAGGGAACAGAGGAGAAGGGGCAAAGGAGAUCCUUCAAACAGGGAGAAAGUUGGGAAUUCCCCUACGGCGAAUUGUUUCGACAGAGAACAGACGGUGCAAGGCAAUACUCAAAAGGAAAGACCAGAAAACAACGCCCCGCAGGGAACGCCAACAUGUGCCCGGCCAUCUCUAUUAGGCAAUGAAAUAGGGACACAUCGUGAUACUAAUAAUACGGUUGAAACAGCAGCUACAAUGAAACCAUCGUUUACGGAUGUCGAACUCAACGGUGUUUAUACAUGGCGGCCUAAGCUUGGCUACCGCAUCGAGAUACCUGGUUGCAAAUGUCGUUUCACUCCCAGGAAUCAAGUUGGAGAUCCCGGGAGGGUCUGCUACCUAUCCCCAUGCGCCACCUUAGCAUUCAAAAAUAUACAAGUCGAGCAAUUGGCUCACGCAAAUCGCAUUUCCAGUCUUGAAUCAUCCAUGAAGAAACUUGACAUCUCGGCAUCUUCCAGUGUAGCCCCUCCUCCAACAAGGCCAACAUAUGCUACCAGCCUACGGCUCACAUCGUCGCCUCAUACUAACGUAACAGGUAGAUAUAGUACUUGUCUCGGAGAGUGA